GACGGUUUCAUCAAUGGAUUAUCAUUCUCAAACGACGGCAAAUGGCUGGCCUUGGCUGUUGGUCAAGAACACAAGGACGGCAGGUGGUGGGUGAGUCAAUUCCUCCUCUUUUUCUUCUAAUUUGUUCUUCGUUUCCCAAAAAAUGUCGUUUUUUUUCUGUUCCGAGCAAUACGAAAUGUGUAAUAUCGUGUGAUUCCAGAUGCUCGGUGUUCAUAUUUUUUUCUUCUUCUUCUUUUUUUUUGUUUUUCAACAACUAUCGAAUUUUCAAAACGUCAUCUAGAAGCUAGAAAAAAAUGCUUUUGAGGGGUUUAUAUGAAGAUUUUUAAUUUCUUCGUUCAGGAUUUUUCGCAAAAAAAGUUUUUUCUAUAUUUAUAAGAAAGAAAUUUUUUUGAAUCCUUGGGUUUAAAAAAAUAAGGAGAUUCCUCUCUUUUUUUCACUCAUUUUCUUGUUUUUUUCCUUUCUUUUUUUCCCAACAGAUUUUGGAAGUUUUUCCAAAGUUAUCGAAAAUCUGAAAAAGUUUAAGAAGGUUUUUUCUACGAAAAACUUCAAAAUUUGUCCAUGAGAUUUUUAAUAUUUUUUUGACUUUUUAAGUUUUUCAAGUUUUUAGGAUGAUUUUCGAAACUUUUUCAGAGAUAAGCUUCUGAAAUCUUCAAUUUUAAAUCAAAAACCGAUUUUUUUAGGUAUCACACUGUUUUUUUGUAGGUUUCUAAUUGAAAAAAAGAACAAUUGAAAAAUUUUUCUGGAAAUUUCUGAAGUUGAAUGGAAUGAAAGCUUCCGUUUUCACGGUUUUUGAAUUUUUAGUCGUUUUUUUCGAAUUUUUUUGCACUUUUGAAGAUUUUUCCGGUGUUCAGGUGGACAAAGAGGCGAGAAAUCGUGUGGUGGUUAUCCCGGUGAGGAACGCAAAUGAGGCCGAAAGUGAGGAACAACGGAAGAAUGGGGACGUGGCGACGUUCGACGACGACGAGGAUAGCGAUGAGGAUUGA